GUCGUUAUGAAGAGCUUGAAUUGAAAUAUUUCGGGUUUGAUUAUUAUGCGAAUUACGAAAAGAACUCUAUUCUUAUAUCCGAUUUUCGUGGACGAAAAAAUAAUAAAGAUGCACUUCGAUAUUUACAGGAUAAUCGAAAAAUGGAUUGUGGCAAUCAUGACAUUCCUAUUCUUUUUCUUCAUACAAUGAACGACGAUCCAGACACUUCUUCAUAUAAUGGUUUCGUUCCUAUCAACAUGAAUAAACUUGAAACCCCCGAAAAAAAAAAAAAUUACGAGAAUAUUUCAAAAAAGGUGAACGCCGUCCCCCGAGCCGCCAUUGAUCAUACUGAACUCUCAGACUUGGCUGACUGUUCCAUUUUAACAGAUACGGACAUCGAAACUAACGAUGAUAUCGAAGUUGAUACCGGAACCUAUUCAGAAAAAAAAAUCAUUUCUACCGACUCACAUCCUCAAGCAAACGAACAAUUCAAUCUGACAAAUCUCCUUCAAGAACCCAAACAACGUGUCUUAACCGACUAUUUUUCUCCCACACAUGCUGGUAAAAAUCACGAUAUUCGUCAUUCGGACGAUUGCGAAGAUAUCGAAGAAACUGACAAGAUCCGAAAUCGACGUCGAAAGCGUAUCAACAAUGAUUCGGACGAAGAUGAUGAAGUUGUUGAAAAGUAUACUAUUACCAAGAAAUUAAAGAACUGA